AUGGAUACGGAUGAUAAGUUCCCUCUUCAUGCUGCUGCUCGGGAGGGCCGAGUAACUGCUUUUGAAGGGCUUCUCAAGUCAGACCCAAAAUUGUCGCAACGAAAGGAUAAUGAUGGUCGGUAUCCAAUACACUGGGCAGCUUCUUCUAACAACUUGGAUAUCGUCCAGUUGUUAGCCAACCAACGCAGUUUCGAUGCUGAUGUCCAGGAUGAAAGCGGGUGGUCUCCUUUGAUGAUCUCAGCCAGUGUUCCAGAGGGUGAAGCUGUUGUCAAACUUAUCAUGUCCAAAGACGCGGACGUGAACCUCAAGAACUCUGCUGGACAGACUGCCCUUCACUUCGUCGCCUCCAAGAAGAAUCUUGAUAUUGCCCGUGUUCUCAUCGACAACGGCGCGUCGACCCGAGUACGCGAUCGCAGGGGCCAGUAUCCCAUACAUCGCGCUGCUGCUGUCGGUUCUGUGCCAAUGGUGACUCUACUUCUCAAGAACAGAAGUCCGCUAAACCCCGCUGAUAAUGAGGGAUUCACUCCCCUUCACCACGCAAUUGCAGAGGGACACGGAGACACUGCUGUUGCUCUCCUCAAAGAGGGCGCUGAUUUCACCCUAAAGAACAGCGCGGAUGAGCUAGCACUUGAUCUGGCACCAGAUAAAGAAGUACGCCGAUAUGUCUUACAAGGCGCAGAACGUGAGGGUAUCGAGUUGCCAGGGUAG